AUGAAGGGACUCAUCGUCAGUGCCGCUAUCGUCGGCGGGGUCAUGGCCCAGGCCGGCCCUUACAUGCCCUGCGGCGGCAAGGGCUGGACUGGGGCGACGACCUGCGUGUCCGGUUACACGUGCGUCGUCCAGAACGACUAUUACAGCCAGUGCGUCCAAGGAAGCGGGUCCGGAGGCUUCAGUGCCCCGGCGCAGGCCACCACCCUGAGAACAUCGACUAGACGGCCUUGUAAGUCCAGAGCGGUGUCCGCCAGUGCCGUCGUGCCGCAGGUUCCCACGACGAGCCGUUCAGCUUCUUCGACCUCGGCCCCAGCCGUUGCCGUGUCGUCCGUGAAGCCCGUUGACACCAAGCCAGCCCCUUCGUCAUCCGUUCCGGCCGCCACCGUCCCAAUCCCGGCCAAGUCUUCCGUUGCCGCCGUCAAGUCCAAGGCUGCAGAGAUCAAGCCCGCCACGACCGUCAAGCUCUCCGCCGCCGCUAUCGCCCCGGUUUCAACGGCUGCUCCUGUGACUAAGCCUGUUUCUUCCGCUGCUGCCACCAGCAGCAAGGCGUCCGCCCCUGCCGCAUCCGCAUCCGCGACCCCCGGCAAGUCCGGCAAGUUCAAGUGGUUCGGAACCAACCAGAGUGGCGCUGAGUUCGGUCCCGGAAGCACUCCCGGCACUCUGGGCAAGGAUUACACCUUCCCGGACACGGCCAAGAUCACGACCCUUAUGAACGACGGCUACACCACCUUCCGCGUCCAAUUUCUCAUGGAACGACUGAGCCCCGAUAGCCUGACGGGCAAGUUUAACGCCGAGUACCUCGCCGGCCUGACCAAGGUCGUCGAGCACAUCACCUCGGCCGGCGGCAACGCCGUGCUCGACCCGCACAACUACGGCCGCUACGGCGGGAGCAUCAUCACCGACACGGCCGCCUUCAAGACCUUCUUCACCAACCUGGCGACGCAGUUCAAGUCCAACGACAAGGUCGUCUUCGACACCAACAACGAGUACAACUCGAUGGACCAGGGCCUCGUCCUGAGGCUGAACCAGGCCGCCGUCGACGGGAUCCGCGCCGCCGGCUCGGAGCACUGGAUCUGGGCCGAGGGCAACUCCUGGACCGGCGCGCACAGCUGGACCAGCGUCAACGACAACAUGAAGGGCCUGACGGACCCGCUCGGCAAGACCGUGUACGAGAUGCACCAAUACCUCGACGGCGACAGCAGCGGCACCUCGGCUGACUGCGUCUCGGCCACGAUCGGCGUCGAGCGCGUCAAGGACGCCACGGCGUGGCUCCGCGCCAACAAGAAGGUCGGCGUGCUCGGCGAGUUCGCCGGCGGCGCCAACGCGCAGUGCAAGGAGGCCGUCACCGGCCUGCUCGACUACCUCCAGGAGAACAGCGACGUCUGGCUUGGGGCGACGUGGUGGGCUGCUGGGCCGUGGUGGGCUUCGUACAUGUACUCGUUCGAGCCCGAGACGGGUGCCGGUUACAACUACUACAACGAGGUGUUGAAGAAGUACCAGUAA